UGCGAAAAGCUCAGCAUUUCAUUUAAAUUACCAAGCAUGGAUAAGAAGAAGAAGCAGAAGCACAUAACACAGAACAAACCAAAACAGCAAUCGACCAUGGAAAAGAAGAAGAAGAAGCAACAGCAGAAUGAGAAUCACAAGAGCAAGAGCAUUCACGAUAUUCUCCCUCUUGAGCUGAUUCACAGAAUCUUACUUAGGGUUCCGCUCAAACAACUCGGUCGCCUCAAGUGCGUUUCGAAGAUUUGGAACACUCUCAUUUCCGAUCUCGACUUUGCGAAAUCGCAUGUUCACCUCUCUGCCGCACCCACCCAUGUAUGCCUCUUCAUAGAUGACUACUCCGAGGCUUGCUCCGUUGACAUUGACGCAGUAUUUGACCGCCACAAGAGUGCUACUGCAUUAAAAGAGGUAUCUCUCCCUUUCAAGAUGAAAACACAUUAUGAUUUUGAAGUUAUGUGCUCCUGCAGAGGGCUUGUUCUCUUACAUCGAGCCCCGCAUUUUUUUGUCGUAUGGAAUCCAGUGACUGGAUCCAGCAAAAGAGUAUCCUACUCUCACAUUGUUUCUUGUUAUAAUCGCAAGUGGUUUAUGUUUCCCCGUAGUGCGAUUUUGUAUGGAUUUGGUUACGAUGCUUCACAGGAUGACUACUUAGUUGUUGUAGCUUCUCAGGAUAAGAAUGGCCAAGAGCACUUUGAUUGCCUGUCUUUGAAAACCAAUUCAUGGAUUAAUCUUGAUUUUGCACUCUCCAAACCCUUGGGUUGGAGCAACUGGGAAUCUAGUGGCAGUGGGUUCUUCUUGAAUGGCGCUAUUCAUUGGUCGUCUUGCACUCUUAGAGUUAGAGAUUAUAGUAUUCUUAUAUUUGAUUUGAAGGAAAGGAGUUUCUCAACCAUAUCUAUGCCUGAACAAGUGAUGGGUUAUCUCAAUCCCACUCAUCUCGGCCUACUAGGAGGGUGCUUGGCCUUGUAUUCUUGUGAAUGCGAUAAAACUAACAUAUGGGUGAUGAAAGAAUACAAAGUGCAUUCAUCUUGGACUUUCUAUCAGAUUUCUCGUGGACAGUAUGCACCUCUAUGCUUAUCCAAUGGUAGUGACAUUGUUGCACUAGAUUCUAGUCUGAUAUUUAUAGAUAGCUACUUAAGGUUUGCCAAAUCUAAUGUCAGAGGAGAGCUCCUCCAACUCAAAUGUUUUGAUUGUCGUCAUGUGAGACAUUUUAAAGGUUGGUCUAGUCGGUGGUGUAAGGACUGCAAAAACUACAUUGUAUACACAGAGAGUCUCGUGCCAGUCCCUAAUGAGAUUAAGGAUAAGGAUAAGGAUAAGAAGAAGAAAAAUGGCCAUCCGAAUAAGAAGAACGAUGUCAAACAAGGAAAGAGAACUAGGAGCGAAUGACUCAACAACAGAGACACUUAAUUAUGUUGUAAAUAAAGUGUAGGAUUGGCAAGUUCAGCUGGAAGAAGCUUCGAGAGAAUUUUGUUUUAUUUUGCUUUUGCAUUAAAGUUUGAUUUCCCUUCCAACUAUGAAUGCCAAAAAGUGGAACAUUUGAAAGUGCAGAUAGAGUUUCCUCUAGUUAAAUCAAAUCUCUUAUAUUAUCUGUUUUAUCUUUAUUCAAUAUUGCCUUGGUUGAGUUAUAAUGUCUGCAACAGAAUAUCACACAUCAAUAUUAGAUUUAACAUGUAAACUAAUUGUUAGUUUGUCAA